AAGAAUUGUCGCUAGUUGCGAGUAGGAGCUCCAGUAGAAAGGAUAUAUAUUAGAGACAGCCACUCCCUGGCGUAGGCCAGUGGAGUGGUAAGGAGUAACUCACGCGGAUUUGUCAAGUAAUCAUCAACCGGAAAUAGGAAAAAGGGAAUUUCCUUUGAAACCUGUUUGACUUCGUCUGGUUCGUAGCAGCCUCAGCUUCAAUUCGCCACUCCGAGGCUAUACUUGAGGAAGUAAUAUUUGCUAGAACAGUUGCAGCAUCGACAGUGGUAUGGAAACACCAGCAAAGUAUGGCAUUUAGGCAGGUCUUAUGCUGAGAAGAUGAACGUAUCAGAAUCGAUGAGAAAUCUGCCUGCUGCAGAGAUAAACGAUUCUUUCUUUAGCGAUGAAUCAAGCGACAUCGAAGGUUCAAAAAAAUUGCAGAUCAGUAUCCAAUAUUGCAGCAGUCAAAAUGGUGCAAUACGUCAUUUUAGAGAAAGGCUGAGGAAGUUAAUCCAUAGCCGCAACUAUCAAAUUGUUGUCAUCACUUUAGUGUUGCUUGAUGCAGCAAUUGCUGUUGCCACUCUGCUGGUUGAUGACAGCACAAAAGGAAAGGCAUCACAUACAAAAGAACUUGCUGAACAUAUUCUACAUGAUUUGAGUCUUGCAAUUUUAUCGGCAUUUAUGAUUGAGAUUUUCGUAAAACUAUUUGCAUUAGGACUGUCGUUUUUCAAGCAUAAAUUUGAGGUCUUUGAUGCUUGCAUUGUGAUAAUUUCAUUUUCGCUAGAUGUUUUCAUGCUCGUUAACAAGGAAGAAGGUGCAUUGAGUGGUGUUGAGUUUAUUAUCUUGUUGAGACUCUGGCGUAUAUCAAGGAUUGUUAAUGGAAUUAUUAUGUCAGUGAAGAGAAAAACAGAAGAGAAAAUGGAGCUCUUAAGAAUACAGAGAGAUGAACUACAGGAGCAGGUUUCGAAAUUAGAGUUAAAGUUAACAGCGCAAACAAAAGAGAUACAACAUCUUCGUGCAAAGCUAGAGUCCUUGGGAGUUUUGCCUGACGACCAGCCACAGCCUUGAUCGAUUCAGUCCAAAAAUGAAAAUGUCAAGCGCAACAGAGUUGGAUAACUUCAAAGGAAAAAGAAGCUAUUUCUGGAUCGUUUUAAGCUUGCCUUGAAAUCCCAAACAAUGUUAGAGUUUCCUUUUUCAAAGGCUUGGUUUCUGAUACAAACUUAGGGUAAAUCCUCUUUAAUUGUAGUCCGUAACUUAAAAUAAACAUAGCUUCUUAGCAGUGUUGUAAAGGACAGUUUUUAAAUUUACACAGCAGAAGUAUUUAGCAUAAUGCGCAAGAACUUCUUCUUUUCCAACAUGCUGCCAAGUAUAAAAUUAGAAGGUUGUAGCAAUAUUUGCUUUUAGAUGCUUUAAAGGCACAAUGUCCCGACAUAUUUCUUUGGCAAUUUAUUUCCCCAUUUGUUGCACUUUACAAAUAUUCCUAUUGCUACGUAUCCAAUCGGCAAUGUAUCCUUAUCCAAAGCUAACUCGCAAUUUUUCCCGAUUUUAAACGCGCUGCCAAGCCUAUUGUUAGCUCUAAACGGUUGACAGACGGGACGAAGUGCCUUUUAAUGCGGCCAGCAGCUCUUUUUCGGUAUCGUAUUUCUCACGAGGUUAUUGUUGCUAGCGAUACAGAAAUGCUUUUUCUUCGAUCAAGUAAAAAUAUUUGUAUCUUAAAAAAAUUCACAAAACAUUCAGUCACAAACUUACUUCUCUUUUUGCAAUUUUUACGUUUAAGCUGAUUUUACAGCUCAAUUUUUUAGGCAAGAUUUUUCAAAUAAUUUUGAUUUUGGAAGAAUGUAAAUAGGUUUUAAAUUAAUAAUUAACAAAUGGUAUGUGCAACUAGAUUUUUGGUACAACAUUCAAAUUACCUACAUCAGUUCCUGUAGUCUGUAGAUUUAGACCCUAUAUUAAGAUGACAUCUCUUUAACAGGCCCUUUUUAAGAGCCAUUUUGCAUUAGGUCGUCUUUAAGCGGUCCCAGGUUUCAAGGUCCCAGGUUUCAAGGUCCCAGGUUUCAAGGUCCCAGGUCCCAGGUCCCAGGUCCCAGGUCCCAGGUCCCAGGUCCCAGGUCCAGAUUUGCUAUUGAAAUGGGUAUCUUGGAUAUUGAUUUCGUUACUUUCUGUUAAAAUCGACUAUAAUUAAUGUUGAAGGGGGUAGUCAUGAGAAUCACCAGGCAAACGACAGAAUCAAGAGUUAGCCAGAAAUCAAUGCUAGCACCUUAACUUAUAUUUAGCACUUAAAAGCAAAUCUUUUCUGAAGUCACUGCAAUUCCCUCCAUUUUGAAAGAAACUAUAUGUUUAUAAAGUGCCACUGAUCGCUUAUGAUAUUUUAGUUCUUAUGAAAUCGUAGUAAAUUAUUGUCAGCUUAUAAAUAAUAUCAUCAUCAUUAUUGAUUAUCUAAAAGGAGCAAAAAAUUAAUAUUGUACAGCAAACUUAAUAUUGUGUGUCAUUUUUUUGUACGAUUUUUAAACGAUUCAUUAAAUAAAAGCUCAUUUGCAAGCUGUUGACAGAUUUUUGUCUCAAAAGAUUUUUCAUAUCUGUUCAUAUCUGUUAUCUGA